AUGAUUUUUAGCUAUGUACUUUUGAGUGCACGUGCCAUAGGAAGCAGAACGGAGAAAACAGGAUUGCUCUCGGUUCUGGAUGAUGGUGGACUAUCAGGAUUGAGGAAAAAGGCAAAAAGCACAUCUGUUCAUACAGCAGAAGCCGAUAAACAUGUGGGAAAAUUGGAAGUUCAUGAGGAGAAGAAAGUGAAUAGCAAGCAUCAGGUCACAUCAGACAAGUUUUCGUUUCUGCUGGCAUCAGUAGGUGGUGCCGAGGAACCAUCCUCAGAAUCAACCUGUAUAGGCCUUGACGAUCAGGACAAAACAUUAUUACGAAAUGGUACAUUUAAUGAGGAAUCUGCAAAGUCCUUUCAGGAAGCUUUGCUUCAGUGGAGGAAAGGUGAUCGUGAACGCAGAGAACAACGGCGUGCCAGCGAGGUCCUAUCAGAAUCAGUGGGAACUUGCGAGGUACAGACCAAUGUUACUGUUAUGAAGGACCCUGUCCAAAUUGAAUUCAAGAAGGAUGGCUUGAGCUACAUGGAGAAACUCUUGCUUAAGAAAUACAGAAGGACUCCUGGUGAUCAAAUUUCUGGCAAUUGCUUUAAAGGUUUAAGGCCUGUGCAAACACUGAAUGUACAUGAGACUGAGACUGAAGGAUGGGGAGAAGAUGAUGAUGAUGUUGGUGACUUAACAGUUGAAGAUGUGAAGAGAUAUUGGACAUCUAUUUUUAGAGAGGGAGUACCCAACACUGUUUCUGAAAGUGCAGAGUCCUCUUUGAAAAUUGAAUUCCUUGAUGAUUCUUAUGGCAAGGACUCGGAAGAAUCAUCUGAUGACUUUUUGGUGAUGGAAGCUCGGACUAUGGGAAUGAAUAAGCAAGGAAAAGCUGAACCGUUGAAGCAGUUUGGAAGUGGUGCAGCAGCUGCAGAUCAGAAUAAGACAGUGCAAGACCUUUUGCAGAGAGAAACUGUGGGCCUAAUGAGAAAGUCAUCUCAUCAUUUAACUUCCACGGCUGACACUCAGUAUUUUUUACCUUUUCCUCUUGACAGAAAUCCUGUUUCUCAUGAAGAAAUUUCUCAAGAAGAAAUAGUUGUCUGCAGUCUUGAAAGAAAUGCAGUGCAAAAGGAGAGUACUAAAUUAAAGACUAUGAGAAGAUCACUUGGGUCCUCUAAACCACCUGUGAAGAUUUCUAACCCUACUGAACUAAUGAGCAACAAGUAUCUCCUAGAGACACGACUACAGCAACCUGAUGGAGACUCAAAAGAACUGGACAGUGCCUGCAAUAGUUUGAUUUUGGGUAUAAUUACAGAGUCUUCAAUGUUACAGGAUAUAGCCACAAGACAGAAACCUGUUUCUGCACCAUACUGGGGACUUGAAGGUUUCUUUGUUGUAGGAGCAAACUCUAAACAAGUAAUGCUGGAAGCACAUUCUUCACUGUGUGCUGACCCUAGUCCUGUGGACAGUAGUAUACCAUUUCCAGGAGAUGGAAGGUGGGUUACUGAAAAGAGCUUCAGUGAAUGUGCUGAUGACUCUGUAGUUCAGGGUGUCUUAGAAAGUCAGCUGAAUAGACCUUCACGUGGUUUGGAGACUCAAAAUAGAAUUUCUCCCCUGAUGGCAGCAUGGAGAUCAUACCCAGGGAAUGAUUCUAAAAGACCUUGGUCAACAAAUACACUACAGAGUAAACUGGCAGGAAGCUGUCCGACAAACACACAGCCAAGACCAAAGAGUUCACCUACACGUACAUUUGGAGCUGGUACUAAGAGAUCAGAACACAAGUGCCUUGAUGUAACUAAACAAGAGGAGUAUCUUUGGGAAUAUAUCGCUGACCAAGAAGCUCUACUUACUCUGGAAAAAGAAUUACAAAAUUGUCCAGGUCCUGAAAAACAUUUCAGCUUAUCUUGUGAAGAUGUAACUUCCUCCAGCAGACAUGCAGGAAAGAUAUGUGAAAAUCCUGCAGAUUUCCAUAAAAACUUGGAGCUAAAAGGCCACAGCAGAGUUGAUACUCUCGGGGUCUGGGAUGAAAGCCAAAUGGAGGAUGAGGAAGAAAUUUUGGAGGAUAAACAACAGGUUCUUGCAUUACAGUGA